GAUGGACAGCGGCGGCAGCCAAUGGCCUUGCAGCCCUGCUGCGCUCGCGCUGCCCGCUCCCUGUCUCUGGAGGCUGUGGCGGUUCCGUGGGGAGACGCGGCCGCGGCUGUGUCCCGCCGGGUUCAUCGUCUUCUCCUCCCCCCGGGACUCUUUCAUUUCUGUCCCAGUCCCUGCGGUGCCUUGGCUGGCAUCGCUGGCUGCUACUGGAGUUCCCUGCAGGGAGCCCUCGGUGCGCGGGGUAGCUCCUGAGAGGAGCUCCCGCCAGUGCUGACAGCUGAGGGCAUGUCACAGUUCCCUCAGUUGCUGCUGAGAACUGACACGGCUCAUGCCGAGCCCUGACUUUAUACCUGAAACUUCACCCAUGGCCCAUCUCAUACUCGCCCUGUUCCAGAGGGAGGGCCUCUCUCGAGGCCCGUGCAUCUCUGUCAGCUUGACUUGGUUACAGCAGUAUCAGGGCAUUGAUAAAGAUCGAGAUCUCUGCAUGUGCCAAGGCCAGCUGCUCUGUCACAUCUGUUGGGCACCGACACAUUUCAUUGUAGGCAUCAAUGUCAGUGUCAGGAACAUAAACCCUUGGCAGGUGUGUGAGGGGACCAUGGGCAAGAACAGACAUGGCAGGAACAUGAAGGGACAUUGUCAAGGGCAGCAGGAAUUUUGCUGCUGUUUUGGUUGGCAAAAGGUGCAGAGGGGGCUGCAGCUGUUUUGGGUUGCUUCUUUCCUCUGGCAUCCAUUGAUUUUAUCUUACAGAUGUAUUUUUUAAAUAGCUCCUGGGAUUGGCUCCUUCUUUCUGGAAUAAGCUUGGACCUCUUAUAGGUCCUGGUCCUGUGAGAUGCUGCUUGCUGUGGCACACAGUUGAGAGUUUCUGGAGCUAUGUCCUUCAUGGAGUACAAAUAUUGCAUUGGCUGAGUACAAAUUGUGGGUUUGUAGUGUGUUUCCUUGUCUGUGGGUCCCACAGAAAGGAACUGAGUGCGUGGAUUGCUUUAAAUAAGGGUGAGGUGCUGGUUCAGGCCUCUGCAUAGCAACAGAUAAGCUCUGGGCUGGCUUAUCUUCUCACAGAGAAUUUACAUUUGCUUUCCUUUGUCUCCUUUCUGACUUCUUUCAGCCUCAGCUUAUUUAUUCCCAUAAGUCAUGUUCCCAUCCUUGACUCUGCCCUUCUCUCUUGCAUUACUCACUUGGCUUCCUCUCUGCUUCCCCUCUUUGCCAGCUCCCUCCUUCACCCUCCGAUCUCCGAGCUGCAGCCACCAUGUCUGAAUCCUCCCCCAGACCAUUUCCCCAGGCUUCUCCUCUGCUCCCCUCUGACAGGCACCUCCUUAAUGUCAGCAGCCAACUCUCAGCUAAUUAUCUGGCUUGCUGAUUAGCAGUUUGUGCGGGCAGAGCUGGCUGGGGCUUUUUGUUAAGGCUCUGAGCAAAUGCCAUUUCACGGCUCCUGGUGCUGGGAGCUGUCUUGCUGCUUUCCUGCUUGUAGCCCUGUGGACUCUCCAUAGCCAGGUGGCUCAGGUGGAUGAAUGGGAAUUGUGGCUCCAGAGGGGCUAACGCCAGAGCUUGCUCUCUGGAGCACAGGGAUGAGGAAGCCUCGGCGGAGGUGCCGGCAGCACCUGGAGAGGAGGCGUUCUCCCUCGCCCUACAGCCUCAAGUGCUCGCCCAGCCGCGAGACGCUGACCUACGCGCAGGCCCAGCGCAUCGUGGAGGUGGACAUCGACGGGCGGCUCCAUCGCAUCAGCAUCUACGACCCCCUGAAGCUCAUCACCGAGGACGAGCUGACAGCCCAGGACAUCACCGAGUGCAACAGCAACAAGGAGAACAGUGAGCAGCCCCUCUUCACUUCCAGAUCUAAGAAAACACCUUCCAAAGGCAAGAAGAAAGAGUCCUGCUCCAAACAUGCGCCGGGGAUAUCUUUGCACUUGCCCCAGCCCAAGUUCCGUGUGGUGGACUCCUUCAGCCAGCCAGAUGCCCCUCCCCUCCCUGCUGCCUACUACCGGUACAUUGAAAAGCCUCCCGAGGACCUCGACGUAGAAGUGGAGUAUGACAUGGAUGAGGAGGAUCUGGCGUGGCUGGAGAUGGUCAACGAGAAGAGAAGGGCUGAUGGUUAUGGGACAGUUUCUGCUGACACUUUUGAGCUGCUGGUGGAUCGGUUGGAAAAGGAGUCGUACCUUGAGAGCCGGAACAACGGGGCUCAGCAGUCGCUCAUUGAUGAGGAUGCCUUCUGCUGUGUCUGCAUGGACGAUGAGUGUCACAACAGCAAUGUCAUCCUGUUCUGUGACAUUUGCAAUCUGGCCGUGCACCAGGAGUGUUACGGUGUGCCCUACAUCCCUGAGGGGCAGUGGCUUUGCCGCUGCUGUUUACAGUCCCCUUCUCGCCCUGUGGAUUGUGUCCUUUGCCCAAACAAAGGGGGAGCCUUCAAGCAGACCAGUGAUGGCCGCUGGGCUCACGUGGUCUGUGCCAUCUGGAUCCCAGAGGUCUGCUUUGCAAACACUGUGUUCCUGGAGCCCAUCGAAGGGAUCAAUAACAUCCCUCCAGCUCGGUGGAAGCUCACAUGCUGUAUCUGCAAGCAGAAGGGCAUGGGAGCUGCUAUCCAAUGCCACAAGGUGAACUGUUACACUGCCUUCCAUGUCACCUGUGCACAGAGAGCCGGGCUCUUCAUGAAGAUUGAGCCCAUGAGGGAGACCAGCAUCAACGGCACGACGUUCACCGUGCGCAAGACUGCCUACUGUGAGAGCCACUCCCCGCCUGGCACGGUGAGAAGAGGGUGUCCAGCUGCUGGUGGGGAUUGGCAGGAGGUCACUGUGAAGGAGGAGGAAGAGGAGGAAGCCAAUUCUGGCCCUCCCAAAGGGUCUGUGAAGAAGAACCAAGUGAAAUUGAAGCAAAAGAUCAAAAAGGAGCCCAGUGACAUGACCAAAGGGCGUUCGUCCAUGCCUGUGGUGGCUGUUGCACAAAUUCCCUCUUACAGGCUGAACAAGAUCUGCAGCGGGCUCUCCCUGCAGAGGAAGAACCAGUUCAUGCAGAGGCUGCACAACUACUGGCUGCUGAAGCGGCAGGCGAGGAACGGGGUGCCCCUGAUCCGGCGGCUGCACUCGCACCUGCAGUCCCAGAGGAACGCCGAGCAGAAGGAGCAGGAUGAGAAGACGAGUGCAGUGAAGGAGGAGCUGAAGUACUGGCAGAAGCUCCGGCACGACUUGGAGCGGGCUCGGCUGCUCAUCGAGCUCAUCCGGAAGAGGGAAAAGCUCAAACGGGAGCAGGUGAAGGUGCAGCAGGCUGCCAUGGAGCUGCAGCUGACCCCUUUCAACGUCCUGCUCCGCACUACCCUGGACCUGCUGCAGGAGAAGGAUGCUGCGCAGAUCUUCACAGAGCCUGUUAACCUGAACGAGGUUCCAGAUUACCUGGAAUUCAUUUCCAACCCAAUGGAUUUUUCCACCAUGAGGCGGAAGCUGGAGUCCCACCUGUACCGAACCUUGGAUGAGUUUGAGGAAGACUUUAACCUUAUAGUUGCCAACUGCAUGAGGUAUAAUGCUAAAGACACGAUUUUCCACCGAGCAGCUGUCCGGCUCCGGGACCUCGGGGGAGCGAUUUUGCGUCACGCGCGGCGCCAGGCCGACAGCAUCGGCUUUGACACUGGCGUGGGGAUUCACCUGCCUGAGUCGCCCAAGCCCCACGACUUUUACCGCUUUUCUUGGGAGGAUGUGGAUAAUAUCCUGGUCCCGGAGAACCGGGCUCACCUGUCGCUGGAGGCGCAGCUGAAGGAGCUGCUGGAGAAGCUGGACACGGUGAGCACCAUGCGCUCCAGCGGCGCCCGGACGCGGCGCAUCCGGCUCCUGCGGCGCGAGAUCAACUCCAUCCGCCACAAACUGGCCCAGCAGCAGAGCAAGGCCCUGCCCAACGGGGACACUGUGCCACGGGAGGGGCUGGAGACGACAUCCAGGGAAGGGGAUGAGGAAGGGGAGAAAGCAGAUGGUGCCAAGCUGCCAUACCCUCCAACGCUGGAGCCCACAGGACCUGCACCCACCCUCUCAGAGCUGGACUCUCUGCAGGACCCUCCAACGCUCAAACCCAUCAGUGAGAGCAGGUCCCUGCACCAGCUGCAGAGGAGGAUGGUGUCGGACAGAGAGCUCUUCGACAAGAAGGCUCUGCAGCAGGAGAGCCAGGCUUUCCACCGCCUGCUGUCCAACAACGGCCUCAACGGCCUGGCCCUGCCGCCUGCAGACAGCCCUGCCAGCCCCGCCCUCAGCAGCGUGGGCCGGCGGACAUCGGUCCUUUUUAAAAAAGCCAAGAACGGUGUGAAGCUGCAGAGGGGUCUGGAGUGCUCCCUGGAGAACGGGGAGGAGCACAGGCAGGACGGGGAGCGGCAGGCACGGAAACGCUCUGCCCUGGGCAGUGGGCUGGUGCUGGAGGCCUGCAGUGGUUUGGUGCCUCCCAAGCGGAGCCGAGGGAAGCCAGCUCUUUCUCGGGUGCCCCUCUUGGAGGGUGUGAAUGGAGACUCUGAUUUUAGUGGCUCAGGCAGGCCUCUCCUGAUGUCCUUUGAGGAGGCUGAGCUGGAGCCCCUGGAGCUGGUGUGGGCCAAGUGCCGUGGUUAUCCCUCCUACCCUGCCUUGAUUAUCGACCCCAAGAUGCCGCGCGAGGGUUUGCUGCACAACGGAGUCCCCAUCCCUGUGCCCCCCAUGGACGUCCUGAAGCUGGGGGAGCAGAGGCAGACAGAGGCAGGAGAAAAGCUCUUCCUUGUCCUUUUCUUUGACAACAAGAGAACCUGGCAGUGGCUGCCACGGGACAAAGUCUUUCCCCUGGGCGUGGAUGACACCGUGGACAAGCUGAAGAUGAUGGAGGGACGCAAAACCAGCAUCCGCAAGUCGGUGCAGGUGGCCUACGACCGAGCCAUGAUCCACCUGAGCCGAGUGCAGGGGGACAACCCCUUCAUCCCUACCUACCUGUGAGGGGCUGCUGGGGCAGCCUCUGCUCCUCCACACCCACUGCACUGCAGAGUGCAGCACCUCCAGCAGCUGUCAGCACCCCUCAGAGCACCCUGAAAUGUGCCAAAAAAACCCUGGUCCAGCUUCUUCCUGAAUGUGUCUUGCUGAAGAGCUGGCAGGAGGUGAAAUGUAGUCUACAGGGGGUAAGGUAGGUAGGAAAAGCUGACAGGUGACAGGAGCCAAGGUGAGUUGCUGUGGUGAGCAGAGCACACAGCACUUGGAUGUUGGGACCUCAUGCAGCGUCCCCUGCCCCUGCCUCUCCUGGACUACCAGGGUUUUGGGUCAUCAGCCAGUCCCAGGUAAUGCCUGGGAACCUGGCACCCCCAGGAUUCUUUACAGAAAUCCCAACUGGACUUUUCUUGUGCCAAAUUUACCCUAACCAUCAUUGGCCUUUUCAUUUUUCUUUAAAUGACAUUGUCCUAUCACAUAAAAACCACAAAGAAUCAUAGCUGGGAGCUCUGAUUGUGAUUCUCCUGCCUAAGUCCAUCGUGUUUUCAUGUUUAGAUUUCUCUCACUGCAUUUAGAAAAGCUUGAGGUUUUGGUAACCUUCCCCCCCUGCACAUUUUCAUGCACUGAUGCACAGAGCUUUAAAGAUGAAAAUCAAAUUACCUGAUCUGUGUCUGUAUGUAUGUCUUAGAAAUUGAUUUUGUAGUUUCACAUUUCAGCUCUGGUUUCUGUGACUCUGCUUGUUGCAGUAACAUUUCAUAUCAUGACUUAGCACAGUACCUAAGAAAAGAUAACUUCCUUUUUGUAAGAAGUAAUUUUGGAGGUGGCUGUUGAGCUGAAGCAGCUCUUCAGGCACUGAGGUUGAUCAGGGUUGAAGGGAGAUGCAUCUUUUGUGUUGGUUUAUGCACAUUUGGUGUAAGGCUCCUCUUCCUUUUUUCCCCCUUCCUCUUUUCUGUCUCCCUGUUUUCCUCUGCCACGUUUUGGACUGAAGCCAAGCACUGAGCAGAGCACACAACCCUCCUGCUGCUUCACCUUCUCCCACACGUGCACAUCCUUCCCUGGUGUGUGGGUCUCCAGUGUUGUCAUCCAGCUAAACCCAGACACUCCCUGUUGGUUUGGGUUUGCAUUGCAGAAAAACAGGGACAAACUGAUGUUUGGGAACUUGGUGUCUAAAUCUUUUCUAUUAGCCAAGGACUUUAUGAUUUCUCUGAUCUCUUCUGUUGCAUAUCCCUUUUUGCUUUCCCAUUUUAAAGAGCCAAAGGUGCAAAGCAAGAUUGUAGAUUGAAGAUCAUCAUUUUGCUUUUUAACUCAGUAUUUUUAAAUUAUUUUUAACUUUUUCAUACUGAAGAGAAUGUGGAGUCAAAAUAAUAAUAAUUAAUGAUAAUGAAUAGUAGGGAGUAAUCACUGCCAUUUCUACUUGCUCUACUUUUUUAAAAUACCACUUCUUAUACAUUGGGGCAUGGAACUGCAGUUGAAGGAAUUUUAAGAUUCCUUUAACAUACAAAGAUGGGGCAUAGGAGUUUAUAAAAAUAUUAAUAGUGAUAAUAGUGCCCAUGGAGCGUGGCUAGGGAAGGAUGUUGUGUAUAUAGUUGUAAAAUGUUCUAAAUUAUUUAGACCUAUUGUCACCAUUCUUGAAGUCCUCAGUUGUGUUGCUGGGUCUUUUAUAUGCACACAGUGUAAUUUAUUUAAAGGAACAUACACUUUUCCAGGUGGUAGCUCAGCUGUGGACUAGUGACCUGUGUAUAUGUUUUAAGGUCUUGGGAGUUGGUCUAUUUUUUUUUUUUUUUCAUUUUGUUUGGUUUUUAAAUGAGUUUAGAAUUUGGAUUGGCUGAUAUCCUGUUGUUGCUACAGAACCUAAAUGUUACUGUCAGUCUGCUGUAAAGCACAGAUUGCUCUAUUUAUUGUAGAAAGUGAGUUUAUUUGCUUUCUAGAAUUGUUUAUAUCAGAUGGUAUAAGAGAAGUAAUAAGAAAAUCUAUGCUUGUAAAGAAAAAAAAAAGCUAAUUUUACCUACUAUAAUCUGACUGUCUGAGACUAUAUUUUCUCUCUGAGAAAUAAAUGUUCUAAUGUAUGGAAAAAAAAAGCAAAACAACAAAA